UUAGCUAUGAGAAAUACAGCAUGUGUGUUUUUGUUUCUAACUUUAUUAAUUAUUGUGCGAUCUCUCAAAAAAGAUCCUGGUGUAAACUACUGCACUUUGGGCGUGGUGCUAAUAAAGCAUCGAAUGAUGUGCUCACCGUUGCGCUCACUUUGGGUCCUUAGAAAAGAUAAAUGUGUAGAGGCUCUUCAUUGUAUGGAUGGAUAUUCGAAAAAAGAGUGCCGAGAUAAUUGCCUUAAACAGCCAAAGAAAAAAAAGAAAGUCAUAUUGAGUACGCCAACAAAACCCCAAAUAAAAACGAAAGAAAUUCAAAAAACCAUAGCCAGUUGUGCAACAACAGAGGUGGGAAUUAAAACAACUACUGAGCAUUAUGAGACACCUGGAGAAGAAUUUGCACCAACUACCAGAGAAACUAGGAGACCUAAACGCACUCGAAGAACGAGACAGUUUGCCAUUAAACAGAUUUGUUAACAAAGAUAAUUAACAAAUGAACCAAAUUAUUGUAACCACAAGGGAAAAACUAUAGGAAGGGUAAAGCAAAUUGAUAUCCUCCUGAUCCAUAUUUGUUUAAUGCAUAUUUAAUACCUACUAAUAACUAAAAGCCAUUUUUGCGUUAAGCCUAUAAUUGCUUAUUUCCCUUUAA